AAAUGAAUACAUACGAUAACGAUAUUUGUGAUUACGCUAUUGCCGAACUUGUGGCCGAUCAUUUUUUAGAGAAUAUAUUUUCUUAUUUAAAUUUGCGCGAUCUUAAAAAUUGCGCACUAGUGUGUAAGACAUGGCUUAGAAUUUUAAGUGAUGAAAAUAAUGAUGUUUGGAGAUUGCAUUGCGUUAAAAGAUUGGCUGAAGAAGUCAUGAAAUCAGAUUUACUUUCAAAUCUAUCUACUUACAAGUCCAAACUGAGAGCCUUUUACCACGCUUGGAGCCCUUAUGAUUGCUCGAGGAAUAUUUAUAUUAAACCUAACGGAUUUACUCUACACAGAAAUCCAGUAGCCCAAAGCACAGAUGCAUGUAGAGGAAAAAUCGGUUUUUAUAGAGGUAGGCACUCAUGGGAAGUUAUUUGGGAAGGACCACUGGGAACUGUAGCAGUAAUUGGUGUGUCAACAAAAGAAGCUCCAUUGCAAUGUCAGGGUUACGUAGGGCUUUUAGGUUCUGAUGAACAUAGCUGGGGUUGGAAUUUAGUUGAUAAUCAAUUAUUACAUAAUGGAGACACUCAUGGACGUUAUCCUAUUCUUAAUAAUUGUCCAAAAUACCAAGUUGGAGAACGCAUACGAGUAAUUCUAGACUGUGAAGGACACACUUUAUCUUUUGAGAGAAAUCAUGAAUUUCUAGGAGUGGCAUUCCGAGGCCUUCCUUACAGGAAAAAGUUGUUCCCAACUGUGUCAGCAGUUUAUGGUAACACAGAGGUUUCUAUGGUUUACCUAGGGGUACCAGCAGAUGGCUAACAAUAUCCUUAUUGGAUUAAAUUUAUUUAGUACUCAUGUGACAUAUUUAAUUUAUAUCUAUCACUAGUGUUAUCUUUGUCUUAAAAUCUAUACUUAAUAAAUUAGUUAAUAAAAAGGUACUUUUAACUUUUAAA